ACUUUGGAGAUGCGGUUGAGAAGGCUUUUAUUUUAUGUAGUGUUGUUGAAUACAAACUAAACUACAGAGCAAGCCCAUGAAUGAAGCUUGCUUUCUCUAAACGAUGAUCAGUACUAAUUCACUGCGUAGACCCUUCCAUUCCCUUUCAAAAUCCUACUAUCAUCCUUACCUUACUCUCCUCUCUUCCUCCCAACGUCUCAACUCUGUCCUCCAAAUUCAUGGCCACUUGAUAGUUUCAGGCUUCAAACCAGACAAUACCUUAACUACCCAUCUCAUAAACUCCUACUCUUGCUUCCAAAAAUGCGACUUGGCUCGCUUUGUUUUCGAUUCCACGCCAAACCCACCUGUGAUUUUAUGGAACUCCAUGAUCAGAGCUUACACGAGGUCGAACCAGCACAAAAAGGCUCUGGAAAUGUACCACAAUAUGUUAGAAAAAUCAUUAGAACCGGACAAGUAUACAUUCACUUUUGCCUUGAAAGCUUGUACUGGGAUUUUAGAUUUCCAAGAGGCUGUCUCGAUUCAUUGUGAAAUCGUUGAUAAAGGGUUAGAAUGCGAUGUGUUUAUUGGGACUGGUCUUGUUGAUAUGUAUUGUAAAAUGGGUGAUUUAGAUCUUGCACGAGAGGUGUUUGAUAGAAUGCCAAACAAGGAUGUUGUGGCUUGGAAUGCUAUGAUUGCUGGGUUAUCGCAGAGCUCAGAUCCUUCUGAAGCAUUCGAGUUUUUUCAUAAUAUGCAAUUGAAAAGUGGAAUUAAACCCAAUUCGGUGAGCUUGUUGAAUUUGUUCCCGGCAGUUUCUGAGUUAUUAGAUAUUAGGCCUUGCAAAUCUUUUCAUGGGUACGUAAUCAGGAGGGUUUUUCCACAAGCUGUUUUAAAUGGGCUGAUUGAUGUAUAUUCUAAGUGUGGGAAUGUAGAUAUUGCUCGCCUGGUUUUUGAUCGGAUGUGGGGUCGGGAUGAUGUUGCAUGGGGUACAAUGAUGGCAGGUUAUGCACAUAAUGGAGGUUUUUGUCAAGUUUUAGAGUUAUUUAAUCACAUGAAAAGGGACAAUGUAAAGAUAAAUAAGGUAUCAAUUGUUAGUGCUUUGAUGGCAGCCGCUGAGAUGAGAGAUUUAGAGAUGGGAAAGGAUAUCCAUGACUUUGCAAUACAACAAGGCAUUGAUUCAGACAUUUUGGUUGCUACUCCUCUCAUGACAAUGUAUGCCAAAUGCGGAGAAUUGGAGAAGGCUAAAAAAUUGUUUGUGGGACUUCAGGGGAGAGAUGUGAUUGCUUGGUCUGCAGCUAUAGCUGCUUUUGCUCAAUCCGGGCAUCCGGAGGAAGCACUGUCUUUAUUUCAAGAUAUGCUGAAAAAUAAUUUGAAACCCAAUAGAGUGACUCUAGCAAGUGUCCUUCCAGUUUGUGCAGAAGUAUUGUCUGUGAGACUAGGGAAGAGUUUACACUGUUAUGCUAUCAAAUCCGAUAUCGAUUCUGAUGUAUCAACAGGAACAGCCUUAGUGUCUAUGUAUGCUAAAUGUCAAUUCUUUACUCCUGCAAUGACUAUAUUCAAGAGGAUGCCACGAAAAGGUGUUGUGAUGUGGAAUGCCUUGAUAACUGCAUACACUCAGAUUGGCGACCCUUUUCGUGCAAUGGAGAUGUUUUGCCAAUUACAAUUAUGUGGGGAACGUGCAGACUCAGGAACAAUGGUGGGUGUUGUUCCAGCUUGUGCACUCUUAGGUGACCUCGAUCUUGGGAAUUGCAUCCAUGGGCUAGUUAAAAAGUGCGGAUUUCAGUCAGACUGUCAUGUGAAGAAUGCGUUAAUUGACAUGUACGCCAAAUGUGGAAGCCUCUCUUCGGCUGAAUCGUUGUUCAACGAAACUGAGUUCACUAAAGAUGAGGUUUCUUGGAAUGCAAUAAUUGCAGGCUACGUGCAGAAUGGACGUGCUAAAGAAGCCAUUUCUGCAUUUCACCAGAUGAAAUUGGCGGCUUUACAGCCUAAUUUAGUUACAAUUGUGAUCAUUCUUCCUGCGGCAGCAUGUUUGGCUUCCGUGAAAGAAGGUACGAGUUUCCAUGCCUACGUAAUCCAAAUGGGUUUUCAGUCUAACACAAUUGUUGGCAAUGCUCUCAUUGACAUGUAUGCCAAAUGUGGGCACCUUGAUUUUUCAGAGAAAAUUUUUAAUGAUAUGGAAUAUAAGGACAUGAUUUCAUGGAACUCCAUGCUUGUUGGAUUUGCAGUGCACGGGCAAGCAGACCGUGCUAUUGCAUUUUUCUCACUUAUGCAAGAGAGUGAUGUUGAAGUUGAUUCCGUUUCCUUUGUCAGUGUUCUCUCUGCCUGUAGACAUGCAGGUUUGAUAGACAAAGGAAGAAAGAUAUUUUAUUCCAUGACCAAAGAGCAUAAUCUUGACCCAGAUUUAGAACACUAUGCUUGUAUGGUAGAUCUGUUAGGUCGUGCUGGUUUGUUUGAGGAAACAUUAGAUUUAAUUCAGACAAUGCCAAUGGAACCUGAUGCUGGAAUUUGGGGAGCCUUACUCAGUGCUUGUAGAAUGCAUUCUAAUGUGAAGUUAGGAGAGUUUGCAUUAGAUCAUCUGGUCAAAAUUGAGCCCCAGAAUCCAGCUCAUUACGUGGUCCUAUCAAGCAUAUAUUCUCAAUCUGGUAGAUGGUGCGAUGCAAAAAACAUGAGAUUAAAGAUGAAUGAGACGGGAUUGAAGAAAACUCCAGCAUGUAGUUGGGUUGAGGUCACAAACAAGGGUCCAAGCAUUUCAAGUUGGUGACCAAAUCCAUCGAGAUUUUGAAAGCAUGGGUUUCUCCUGGAACAGUUUAUUUGAGAAAAUGGAGAAAAUGGGUUAUAAUAAUGACAGGAGCUCUGUGUUACAAAAUGUGGAGGAAGAGGAUAAGGAAUUGUUUCUUUACGGUCACAGAGACAGAUUAGCGACAUUUUUUGCUCUUCUCAAUACUGGCAGAUUGUGAAGAAUCACUUUUGAGGCUCAUGCAUGGAUUCUGGUGACCACAAUGGCAUCUCUGAUGAGAACAACGACGGCCGUGUGAGCAAGAAUAAUUUCCUCUUGCAAGGAUUUGUUAUGUCUGACAUUUAGAAGUCAAACAGGUUGGGGAAAAUCAACACAGGCAGGUCAAAAUUUCUAGAACUAUGGAUGAGAAGGAAUAGAGCUGGAAAUGUAAUUUAUUUCACAGAAGUUUGGUGCUAGGCACAAAUAACAUGGACUAGGCUCAUGAACCAGGACUUGAUAACUCAAAGCUCAAAAUGUUGCUCCCCGAACAAUUUUAUUGUAUUGUUGGAAGGCCAGAUAGUGAGCUUUGCCCUGCAUCUUGCAAUCAAUCUCAAGAUAUUCGAUUAGGUUUUCGCAAUUAAAGAAAUCUCAUAAAUUGUCAAGUUUUGGUUGAGAAGGUUGGUAAGGGUGUGUUUGGAGAAGGUUCAAAAGGUAGCGCCACAAGUUAUGAUGCUGGUUUGAAACUGUUGACAAAACUCUAGUAUGCGAAAAGGGCAGGCUGCAUUAACCAACAUUCUUUCACGGACAAUAUACAAAUUGUGUGACAAUAACACAUCACAAAGGAUAUGAGUUCCAGAGAGAGAGCACUGAGAGCUACGGUCUUUAGGAGAUUUUCGGUGGUACUCCAGCAAUCUCUGUCCACGUCAUCCCCGUUGCCAUUGUCUAACUGCGCCAUCGCCAUCGCCGUCGCCGUAUUUCGGACACUGCCAAAAACAAUAGUUAAAGAGGAAGAAUACCCACAAUGGUAUUGAAAAAUGCUUGAGAGAAGAGAGAAUCAUUGUGGACGUCAAAAAUUCAAAAUAUAUCAGAGAGAAACAUUCAAAAUCUCUAUUUCAAAUAUAAAAAAUUGAGAUUUACACUUCAAAAGUGUCAAGGAGCGACUGCAAGUGUUGAUGUAGAUGGUUUUUUUGGUAGAUUUGUUGUUUUUGUUGUUUAUAAUUUGUUGUCUGGUUAUUUGUUUGACACUUUAAGGUCUUGUUGUUUACUUUAUUUUAAUAAAACUACUUGUUCUCUAUGAAGCACAGAUACUUCAAAUGGGAAGACGUAUUCAUAUCGGAUACCGAUACUCCUUGGAUACUUAUGGAUACGUAUCAGAUACUUAUUAAAAGUAUCGGAUACUUCUUAAUUGAUUUUUCAUUAAUUUUGCAGUAUCG